GAGGGGAUUUCUGCUCAGGCUUGUGCAGGGGCAGCUAGACAGGACCCACAGUGCAUGGAUUCAUUCCAGUUGCUUUCACUGGCUGCCACAGUAGAUUUGCCUCUGUGCAGCAGGGAUCUGGAACUGAACCUCCCCCUUGUGCAUGAAAACACUCUGCAAACAUGGCUGGUAAGAUCCAGGGUCUGACUGAAGAGGAGAGGGCCCACCUACUCCCUCUGCUACGCAGCGCUCAGUGGGUGGAGGUUGUAGGACGGGACGCCAUUUACAAAGAGUUUAUAUUCAAAGACUUCAAUCAGGCUUUCGGAUUUAUGUCUAGAGUGGCUUUACAAGCAGAGAAGAUGGAUCAUCAUCCUGAGUGGUUCAAUGUCUAUAAUAAGGUCCAGAUCACUCUCAGCACACAUGACUGUGGAGGUCUGUCUCAGCGUGACAUCACUUUGGCCACCUUCAUCGACCAGGCAUCUCUGAUGUGACAUCCGACACUUCAGCAGUAAAAGCUGAAGUUGUCAGAAGACGCAGCUCUUCGUACAGUCAUUCAACAGAAAAAUCUCUGAUGUGACCUGCAAAAUCCAAAGAAUUAGAAUCAGUUGUUAGAGUAGACUGCAAGGAUCAAAGUGUGCUUAUAAAAAUAUGCUGAUGUUAAGAGUUCUACAUGGUGAAAAAAUGCUACUAGCUAAAGAAAAUGUUAAAAUUGUGCUUACAAAAUCAGAUCUUAAGAGCUGAAGUAAUUUCUUAGCAACCAUUCCAGUUAUAGCAUUCACAGUGAAACAUUUGUUUUUCUGAACCAACCAGUGUCUUAUGUGCCGAAUGUUUUUGUAUUGUGUGAGUAAAAUGUUGUUCUCUGUCAAACUGUCCUUGCUGUAACUGAAAAAUGACCAGGAAAUGGUUUUAUCAUCA